AUGAGAGGUACCGUCAAUGGUAUUGAAAUAACUUCAAGAGUUAUCUUUCUUCCUGGUAACAGUAACGGCGAUGGUUAUUGGACGAACAUUGAUUUAACUAUUCAAUUAAAAGAUGUAAUUCCUCUUUUUAAUGAAUUACAUCCUGAUUGUAUUGGGAUCUUUGCCUUUGACCAGAGCUCUAACCACAAAGACAUGGCUGAUGAUGCUCUUGUUGCCUCAAGGAUGAGUUCCGGUGUCACCGAGUAUAAAGACACAAAUAAGUAUAGGUUUCGUGAUACCACUUUUACUGAUAAGGAAGGUCGAGUGAAGGCCCAGCCCAUGUACAGGACCGAGACGGUAAAUAUGGAAGGCGUGAAGAAGAUUGUUGCUACCAGAAGGGCAAAGCAGCAACCAGUGUCCUUUGAAGACCUCAUGAAUCAAUACAGGCUUCCAAGAGCACGUGAGGUCUUCAGAGGCACGCUCAUUUUGUUGAGGGAGCGCGGCUUGUUGGACAAGAAUGCUUCGCUACGCAAGGUAUGCCCUUCUGGUACAGUGCAUGAUCCUGCUGUUCGACCUGGCUGCUGUGCUGAGUACCUGCUUUCUCAGCAACCUGAUUUUUUGGCGCAGAAGAAUAUAUUGGAGACUGUGACGUUCGAGGCUGGUCACCUCUUUACAUUAUACCCAAAGUAUCACUGUGAGACUAACUGGAUUGAAAGACAAUGGGGUGCAGCCAAAAGAUAUUCACGAAUGAUGUGUGAUUACUCCUUUUAUACUCUGACGUCUAGAAUCCAUGAGUUUCUGGACAAUGAUGAGGUUGUGCACGGUCCUAAAAUCAAUAGACGGUAUUAUAACCUUGCCUAUAGAUAUAUCGACGCGUAUAGGAAGGGUAAAGAUGUCAUGGAGGCUGAUGAGAUUAUCAGAAAGUUUUCCAGAGAAUAUCGAUCACACAGACGUGCUGUUUAG